GUUACCACUACCCCAUCAGUGCUUGCAAUACUAAUCAUUAGUAUUAUUAUGAUUAUCAGAAAAGACACACCACCAAUUCGCAACUUCCAAGAUGCAACUCUUAAACACGAUUCCAUGUCUCGCCAAGUCGCAACACGUUUCUUUCAACUAAACCUUUCAAGACCAUCUCAAAGGCUCAUAUCAUGUACCAACUUCCUCCGUUCCUCGCAACAAGCCGAACUGAAAGAUCCCUGGCCAUUACCUCACUCACCCAAACACAUGGAGAGUACAACCUCACCCGCGGACUCUCCACCUCCUCCCCGUCUCGAACGAUACAAUGAAACAACAGAACGCAUGCGUGCACGGCUCGUCUAUCAAUCUCGUAAACGAGGAAUGCUAGAGAACGACCUGUUAUUGAGCACGUUUGCCGGAGAGAAAUUGGGCUCGAUGGAUAGGGAGGAGCUAGCGGAGUUUGACAGGUUGAUGGACGAGCCGGACUGGGACAUAUACUACUGGGCUACAGAGAAGAAGGUUCCUCCCGAGCGAUGGCAGAACUCACCCCUCUUAGAAAAACUCCGUGCGCAUGUACGGAACGAGGGCAGGGUAGUGCGUCGUAUGCCUGACCUUCCAUAGAGCUGUUCGGAAUAGAUGCACGUAUCUCAUUAUGAUUCGAAAUGGUAUGAGGUCCUCGCCCACCAGGUCUCUUUGCGUACGUUGGGCUCGUCUUCCGUUGACUCGGAUUAGGUAUGAUCCCUCCUCCUAAGUCGGAAUACUCAAUUAGUGCAGGCAAGAAGAUCGUCAGGCGACUCCACGCGCUUUCUAGGGGAUUUGUGCGGAUCUCCCUUGAACCCUUAGCUUCCGCCUCUAUCAUUCUCAUGGAUAUUCGAUCAUUGUACGACACUCUUCUUCCCGCGAAGAUCUCGAAACCCACACAGGCGUAGGAUUCAAUACGAGUCGAUACCGGGCAAUUGGGCGCAUUAUAAACCUUCGGACAGCGAGUAAAGGAAGAGAUGCCAUGCUUAUAUUAUAACGACUAAGCCUAUUCUCACAAUAAAAAAGCAAAGCUGACAGCGCAAAGAGUUGUUGAAAAGUACCACAGGCUGCGACGCGCGCGACGAUGGUUGGUCGUCUAUGAAAAGAAGACCCAUGGGGGUGGGGGCGACUUCAUGGCCAGAUGAACGAUCGAGGAAAAAGGGAUACUCAAAAUGAUGAUGAGCUGGUUGGGAGGGAGUGAGAAAGGAAAGGGAAGGGAAGGAAAGAGAAAUAUAAAAACUAUGUACAGCGAUUCUUGGUAUCCAUCAUCAAGUCGUAAAUGUGAAGCCUGGGGGUUUGACGUUGACAUUGACGGCGUUUGCGGAAGGGAAGUAGGUUGGGGUUGGAGUGAGGAAACGAAGGUGGUGAUUGCGGGGCAUGUAAAGGAAGACAAAUGGUCAGAGCUCAUAUUAUACACAGAGGAGAGGAAAAAACGAAAUAGAAAGAAAGAAGGGAACGUUAACAGA